GUCUCAGCGCAAAGAAUACUUGAAUUGGAAUAUUUUUGGUGUCAAAUAAGUUUAUGAAAAGCUACUUUAAAGAUUUUUUUAUACUUCAUUGCACAGAAUAUACUAAAAAUGAUAUUCAAAUUUAUUUAAAAUGAAAACUGUCUAAUUCAUAUGCGAAUCAUGAAACUGUCAUGGAGUUACGAAUGUCUGAUAAUUAAAAUGUGAUUGUGUGUGUAUACUUUUAUACGAAUCGAUAAAGUGUAAUACAAUUGCUUAUAAAAAUGUGUAAUUGUUAACCUUUCUGAAUAUUUGCCGAACCAUCAAUGUGAAGACUACUUAGGUUGGAAUAUAAUUGGAGGAACACUACAAAAUGGUUUCGAAAAUAUCCUUGAUGGUAUUUAUAUUGACAUCAUAUACGAGUGCUUGCUUAUGUGUGGAAGUUCAUUUUGAGUCUGCCGAAAGUGGUUUUUUUUUAAAACAUACACGUCAGCCGCCAAUUGCACCGGAAAUAUCAAUUAAACCCUCAAACGUAACUCCAAGUAAAGCACAAACGUAUGAUUCAGUCUUGUCAGUUGAUCGUUUCACGGUAGUUCAAACAACCCAACCCGUGUCCAUUAGAGCAAGUUAUGGGCCAUUUUCAACAAAGCAAACUGUUCCAGCUCGAUAUAUUGUUCCUGAUGUGCUGGAGAAUCAAAACAGUAAUUUGAAUAACACCACAGCGGCACUUAUUGAAUUGCAGCAAACUAAUAUGCAUUUGGAUAUAUCAGCCCACUUAAUAAAACCCGCAGUUUCGCGUGACUCACCAGUAGUGCGGGUUCUUUUCCAUGCUGGUACAGAUCCAGGUGGUCACCUUCAAAGGCAAAAGAUAUGCGUAUUGCUGCACAUUUCGUUGAGCAAUCAAAUUCCGUUAAAAGGUCGUUGCAUGCCUGAAGGUGAAGACAAUGUUUGUGUUGCAGAGGUAAUCAUUCCUUCAAUAUGGUGGCCUGGAAAUCCAUUAGUCAUGGGGAGUAGCAGUACUUUACAGAAACUGCCGCACAGAGUGAUGCAAGCUUCAUAUAGCGUAUUUGAACCUUCGCCACGCAACUCUGAACAAUGUGAGCCUAAAGUCCAAAUCCAACCAUUGACAACAUUUGCUCAUGUUCCACUUGUCGCUGCUUCGGUGCAAUUUAAAGAAAUUCGUAUUGAUGAACAACUGACGUUUCUUUUACCGCAAAAUGCUUUGUAUCCAAUGUCAAAAAUGUAUGUGCCAGUAGUUUUUCAUCAAACACAAGAUUUUACAGUGUCCGCAUUUACUAUAAAAGCGCGCGUAAAAGCGGGUGUAAAAAUUUUGGGUGCUACAAUAUCUACCGACUUGUGGAGUAUAUCAAUUGAAAAGGAAAAUCCCAAGCACACUACUGCUCGAGUUACUGCUUAUAGAAAAGAAUCCAAAGUAUCUGCAGAAAUUGCCAAUGACAUGAAUAAUACAAGUAUCGAAACAAGUUCCGUUGAAGUAUUCUCUUGGCUACUUGAACUUGGUGACGCAGUAGUAGAUGUAUUGGAUGGUGGAAAAAUAGUUUGGUAUGUUUCUUAUGUGUAUAAAUCUGACAAAUCGAAAAACCAAAUUUCGGCUAGUAUAGUGGCUGAUGAAUCCAAGAAAAGGUUAACAACGAAAUUAGAAAUCAACAAGGAUGAUAUACAAGCAGUCUUACCGAUGGCUAAGAACUGGGAAUUAAUCAAUACCGCGGUACUAACCGGACGUCAAGUAGCGCAAGCAAUGAAAGUCUUCAUCGUUUCACAAGCGGGCAAAGUAGCUGAUGUUACGCUACAGAGUUCCUGUUAUGCUGAAGACGAAAGUGUAAUUAAGGUAUCAUCUUCGUGCAGUUCGGUUUAUGUAGAUGGCUCUGAAAUCAGAGGUUCCUCUAAUGCCUCGGUUAUUGUAAAGUAUGGAUCCUAUGCUGGGUUAGCAAAGUUUACUGUAUGGAUGCCAGAAUUUCCAUUAGAGGUUUACGUGUCGGACUUUAGGUUAUCGCAAAUAAAAGGAUGGAAAGUUAUUGACGACACCAGUAUUUUCUUAAACAAACAAAAUCAGCAUCGUAAAAAAAGAUCCACGGGAUGGAAUCAAUAUAAAAAUGAUGCUAGUGCAGAUAAAAUUAUAUGCAAAGCGCGAUAUCAACAAAGUCCAAUAGAAGUCUUUGCAAGAUUUUUAGCAAUUGACCAAAACUCUGGAAGAAUAAGUUACUUUAUUUCGCGUCGAACUGGUCUAAGAGUUACCGAUUUAGUUCAACCCCUUCUAAGGGUGUCCGAUCCCAAAAUAGCCACAUUAAAAGGACAAAUAUUGCAAGGAAAAUCGAUGGGACGUACAGAUAUUCAGGUUUUAUCACCCAUAACAGGACGGGUGAUAGGAACUAAAGAAAUUCGAGUAGGAAGUGACAAAGUCAGUAUAAGAAGGUUAAUUGUGCGAGUGAUUUCAGGACUGCAAUUAACUAUUUCACCGGACAGCACGAUUGACAACGGUUAUACAGCAGAAACUUCAGUGACAAAUAAGCUAACUGCCCAAUACCAAGAAGGAUUACUGGAUAUUGAUCUAGAGUUUUCAGAUGGAUCUAAAACUCCCUUAAGAGAUAUUUCUGUGGAAGACUACUUUUUGCUGGUGGAGAGUUUGGAUACCGAAGUCGUUGCAUUUGCACCAAUGUUGGCGUCACAUCAUCCAAGAGUUAUAGCGGUAGGCGAAGGAAGUGGCGACCUUUUACGGGUAACAUUACUUUUGUCGGAGGAUUGUCGUAUGCGACGAAGUGUUACAUCCUCAAAACAUAUCAAAUCGAAUUUUUCUCCUCUAAUAAGCUCACUAGCAGCAGUUGAAGUAGAUUUCAAUAACUUUGAUAAUAAUAACAAACUGGAAUCAAUUCAAAAUGAUGGAAUCGGCAAAGAUAGAAAAAAUUUCCGGAUAAACGGUGAUUUAGCUGAUAUUAUCGUAGGCAUCCCAUUAAAAAAUUCGAUCUAUAAUGAGGACAAUCUUAUGGUACAAACAAAGCAACAUCAUGGAAGUACACAACCUUUAAAAAACUAUCGAAAAUAUUCCUUUCGUAAUAACAUGUCGUCUAUGGAAGUCGGGGUAUAUGUACUGCUCACUGCUUUUUGCUUUGCUAUUGUGGUAUUCGUAAUUUCUUGUGUUGUAUAUGCAUCGAAAUUUAGACCAAGAGUUCUUGACACAGGAAAUGGUCCCUUAGAACUGAGUAAGGCUAUUAUCUCUCCUAGUAUUUUGUCGAAAGAUUUACGAUUUCCUAAAGAAUCAACCACUAAUGUGCAUGACUGGGUUUGGUUGGGACGUUCAACAAUGGAUAGAUCAGCAGCGGCUAAUGACACAACCACCAAUAAUCGAGAUGUACGCAUAAAGAUUACAAAUAACCCCAUUAACUUUAUCGACAGUUCGGUCACUUCUUUCGAUAAUCAUCUAAAAAUCUCCGGUCAUAGUCAAGAAUCAAUUCCAAGACCAGAAAUAAAUAGUUCUAAUUGCUGCAUAAAAGCAAUCGAAUAUAAGCCUCCUGUACCUCCCCAUCGUAAUAUUGGAGUAAGGGCUCUCGUAAGUUUCGAUAAUGAGAAGCGGGUGGGUUUGGGUAAAGUUGAAACCGAAGAAAAGGAAAUUGGCGUGAAUCUUUUUGAAAUAGGAGUUGACAAAAACAGUGACCAGAAACAAAAAGAUACCCAUUUGAUGCACAACUCUUUACAACAGAAUUACAAUGAAAUGCACAACGCAGAAAAGAUAGUACAAUUCGGUGAUUAUAGUAGAAAAACUGCAUUCCAAUUUGAUUCGCUACCACAAAAUAGUAAAAUAGACAGUGUUACUGGAGAUUGCAUUAUAUACAAAGCACAAGAAAAUAAGGCACCUACGUCAAAUUCAAUAGAAGAGGAGGGGGCUAAAUUAUUGCAACCGAGAUCAGAGAUUAAAUCCGUCUUAAAAAAGGAAGUUAAGAGAGCUACAGUUGUUGGAAAUCCUAUGUUUUCUAAUACAGCAUAUGAUCACGUUGAUAGUAGAGACGACCUAGUCCUUGAUGGUUUUGAAAUGGACUACGAACAAAUUAUGCAUUAUUUUGACAAUUUAAAAGAGUCGAAUGCUUAAAUGCGCAUUACACUAUAUCGACAAGAGCUAAACCAUAAUAUAUGAUAUAUAUAUAUCAUUGACUGGAAUUUCUAACCAUCAUGGAAAGUUUGUGAAAGUCAAAGUAAAAAAAUAUACGGUGGAAGAUGCAUAUUAAUAUGUGAUCUUCCAAAUACCAGUGCGCAUAAUAUUACGCUUAUUUCGUUCAUAAGUAAAUACAAAUAAUAAUGUUACUCGUACAUUUUGGAACACACUCAUAUAAAAUACGCGUGUCCUAAACAAACAUACGAUUUAAUAGAUAAGAAAACACUGCAAGAUUUUUAAUUAUUGUUUAAGUUUUUAUGUUAGUGAUCAUUGUUUUAUAUUGGUUGCAUAAGCGCAUAUAUUUAUUUCAUUAGAAUAUUUAUAAAAAGUCAUUCCAUUAACAAUAGAAUACAUUUAAUUGUAUGUAUGCAAAAAGCCAAAUAUUUAACUUUUUAAGCAUAAGAUUGUGCCGUCCAAGUAUUUUAUUUCAGUCUAAUCAUUAAUCCUGCUUUAAUUAUUAUGUUGUCAUAUAUACGAAUGUAAUAAAUUCCUCAAUAGCAAACAAGUAAAAUAUAAGUCGCUUGCCAUUGAAGCUUUUGCGGAAUUUUAUAAGCUUUUAGAAUGUGAAACAACUAACCUUAGAUAUAUUAAACUUUCUUAAUGUAAUAAGUAAUUACUUUUUGUCUCUUUUAAAUGUACAAACUAUUAAUACAUAAAUGGUUUAAGAUAUACACGUAUAGUAUGUUAAUUUAUAGAAAUUCAACAGUAAUGUUAAUGUAUCCUGAUAGUUACCCAACCAAAUAUAUCGCAAUAUUAUAUGAUUUCGUUCACGAAAAUAUGUGAAGACACCAAAAUGAAUUAUAUCUUGUACAAUUUAUAUACUAUAAAUAAAUCAAUAGAGAAUAAAUAACAA